UAUCAAAGCGCAUAUUUGGACGCAUCAUAUGCCCGCACUUAAGUGGAUAUAUUUCACACCUGCAUGUGGACAUUUCAACGACUCCUUUUUUCUGUCUUUGCUGGGAAUUAACUGGUGAGUAGGCUAUUCGAGUUGUGUGGAAAAUAUAUGCCUUUCCAAUAUAUUUACUAUAAGAACGAACGAUCAGGCUAUGUGUGAGCGUCUGGAGCGAUAUGCACGAGAGCGUUUGUGUUUGCGCCGCAGUUCUGUAGAGUAGACAGUCGUGUUUACAAAUCGCAUUAGAUGGUCUGCGAGAUUGCUGAACAUAACCUUCCAAACCGUCUAGCAAUAACCGAGUCUUAACACAUUGGCGCAGCAUCUACAGUCCAUGUCAAGUGGGUACGUCGAGGAUUCGAGUAUAACGCGUUGGCAUGACAUCGCUUUCAGGGGGUUACGUUGUUAAAUGUAAAUGCAAAAUGUUACGUGACAGUUGUAGAAGAAGAAUACAAACCUUGUCAGGGUAUAUAGGGUGUUGUUGGAUAUUGAAAUAAAAUGUUAAAUUGAAUGAUAUUUUUCAUAAGUGCACGGAUGACAAAACUUUAGGCUAUGACUGGACAUCUGAAAAAUAACGAUAUCGCAUGAGAGGUAAAAUGUUAGAAGAAAUACACAUUUAUAUCAUAAGAUGUAAUAAUGAAUAAAUACAAUUACUUCUCAAAAGCCUCUUGAUUCAUAUAUUUAGAGUAUGUGCUCUUAUAAUAUGUUACUAAUCUGACAUAUCACAACUGUGUGUGUGUGUGUGAGCGACAUCGGUGUGAAAAAUGGGAACCAUGUAUUAUGUCACGAUUUAUUAUGGACAUAAAGCGAGCAAAGGGAUUCCUGAAGAUACGAGAGGUUAUCUGUAUACAUCACGAUAAAGACUUUUAGGCAACGGUAUCUCUGAACGGAAAGGUCAACAUAAUUCCCAUUGGUUAAUACGUGCAGCCAAAAAGGACUAUGUUAUUGAACGUUGUGUUGUGCACGCAUUUGUUUCGUUAUAUUUUCAUUUAGCCUAAGCAAAGGGGCAAGUGCGUGCACGCUAUUCACUUGGGCCAAUAUAGGCCUGUUUUAUGCCUGCUUUAAGUGGAUUUAUCAAUAAGAGGUAAGAAGGUUACAAUGACGAACCUGUGUAAAAUAAUAUGAUGUUGAAUGCACCUUUGUUAUUUUGUUUUUAUUUCAGGCAUCUGGAAUGGAACUUAAUUUGUCAAAGAAUGUAAUCUCCUGCGGAGAUCCAGGUAUGCAUGCUUCACUACUUCUUUUACACUUUGGUAACAGUUUACUGGUCAAACCUGGUUUAUUAUGCAUUCAUAAAGCCUUGGUAAAUGCUAAAUUAAUUCGUUGUCAGUGCACAAGCAGCUUAUAAACGAACAUGGUGUUGAGAACAUUUUACAUUUUAGUCAUUUAGCAGACGCUCUUAUCCAGAGCGACUUACAGUUAGUGAGUGCAUACAUUUUCCAUACUGGCCCCCCGUGGGAAUCGAACCCACAACCCUGGCGUUGCAAGCGCCAUGCUCUACCAACUGAGCUACAGGAGGCCCAAUACGUAAGCCUAGUUGUUAUUUUAUGCUUAUAAAUGCACAAUAAAGCCUUUAUUAUGCCCGUAGGUUACAUAGUGUUCUCGUUUUGUAUGCUUCUUGCAUCUGAAUAGUUCAUGCAUCCUUAUGAAGGAUUUGUUAUUUGCUAUGUUAAAUGUAAGUUUUAGCCUAUACCUUAUUGCGCAAAAAUAUAGGUUACUUUAAUUGUUUGCCUAAGCGUGGCUUAAAUAAACUUGAUGAAACCAUGUUGGGAUAACAACCCAAAACACAACAAUAACCUAUAGAGAUCUAGGAUCCUUAAUUGGUUUCUGUCAUUUAUGUGUAACUAAAGCGGUGAACGCGAAAAACGAAUAGCCUUUAAUGAAUAGCCUUAACUGAUAUAUCAUAUAUAGGCUAUUUGACACAGACCUUUAAUCUGUAGGCUAUGCAAACCAUACGAUUAAAUUCAACAGGAAUGUUCGCUUAUGUAUUAUCAUUAUAUUAAAUACUUAGCCUAUCCAAUCCAAAAGGCAACCCUGACCCUGAAAUGUAAUUAAUGAUGUAAUUUGCAUUUACGCAAUCAACUGGUUAGGCUAUAUUUGAUAAAGAAAUGGAUCAUGUAGCCUAUAUUGAUGAGGACUUAACAUAACUUUUUACUUGGCCUAUGGACUGUUGAAGAGAACAUGAGACAAUAGUGACAUGACCUCAAUUAAUCUAAAGCUAUAUUGAACCAAAGUAGCCUAAUGAGUGAGAUGGUGGAGACAUUUCGACUGAAACACUCGUUCAAAUGUCAGGGUGGUUAUCGGGAACGGAUCACCCAGGCCUUUGACCAAGUAUCCACUGGAGAUGGCCAAGAUAUGACGAUCACUAAGGUAAUAAUGUCAUUAAAUCCACACCUUCUCCAGUUACGCAGCCUGUCCAAUUACAUUCAAACCUCAUUUAUUUAUUCGCUUUGAAUCUCAGGCAAUGUUUAAUUUUCUGUUUUCGUUGCUCCUUCUGUGGUUUGUUUUGGGCACGACAGAAAGGAGACGAUAAAACACACUAGGCCCUGCUUGAAUUCCAUUUUUUAUUUUUUGGUUUGUUUGUGAUGAUUAACGACGGUCGUUGAGUUUAUUUUCAGUCCUCCGAAAAAAUAUGACUGUUUAUCUUGCCUCUGCCCUGUAACCCGUCUUGGUGGAUGAAAAAACUUUUGUAAACCAUCCGUCACGCAAGUGCCCUAUAUUUGAAAACGCAUUAUUAGACCAAGCCGAGCCAACAAUGCGGCAGUCCAAUAAAAAAGUUCAACGCCAAAAUUGACAUGAUAGUCCCUCUUUCACUGUAUAUACAUGACAUGAACAGAUUAGGCCUAUGACAUAGAUUGUCAAAGAGGUAACAGCACCAGUCCAGUCUCGCCUCUAACAUAAGAGCCAAAGCCCAAAGCGAUGCUGACUACAUCUCUGUUGGUCGUUCACUAUGAUGAGCAUCUUCAUUUGGUUGUGCGUAAUUGCGCGUACUAUAGGCCAAUUAUGUCACCUCUACUUGGCCUUUUUUAGGCGCCUUCAAAAUGAUUAGAUAGUAGGAACCUUGUUUUUAAGUAGUAGAGAUGAGUUUGUCAAUAGCUUACAUGUCUUCAUUCGCUGAGACGUUUGUGUGGCAUUGGGGUUGCCCUUGAUUUUAUGUUCCUAUCUCAGUUCUUCACUAUUACCAGGAUCGAAUCCUUUCCAUCAACGUUCCAGUCAAUUUAGGAGAGUUAAAAUGCAAUAGUUACAUUCAUUGAAAAUGUUUGGUUUGUUUCUGGAUUAGCUUAAAUGCAGUUGACCACGACACACAGCCAAUAGUGCAUGAACCAAUUAGGAAAGCAAACGCCAAACCACUUCGUUGGUUUACAUGAUUCUAGUUUUAAUAUAAGGAAUGGGUAGGCCUGUAGGCGUUAUUACAGGUGACAGCAUGGCGUGCAUUCAGUGCUCAAGAAAACUCAUUUUACAAAGCGGUUCAAUAACAUAAAAACAAUAUUACAUUACUCUGGCGAGGAAACAGAACAAAUGAAUGAAAUAGUAAGUGAUUGUUGAGAGGUUGCACAAUUGCCUUCUGAAAGGCCCUGAAGGGAAGCUUUACAGUUCGACCGGGUUCUCAUGUCAAAAGUUAAUGUCAUACAAUGACCUAAAGCGCUUAGCACUGGCGCCGGCAACAAAGCUUGGAGACCGUGCACAACCGGAAGCCGCAUACACUACCUGGCCAAAGUCAUUAUAUAAUACUGCAUUGUUAUUUGGGCCAUUUGGAAGCAUGGCGAAUAAAAUAGGCCUACCACCAGAGUUACUCAUUACUUUUUUAGUUGACGAUGAUAAACAGUUGAAUGCAUAAAAUCAUCCAAAACGAAAUAAUGAAUGCAGAUAUAGGCCUAUGUUUUACACCAAUCCAGGUUGACACGGGCGGGCGGCUCGCCUUGCCUCGUCCUCGUUCCUUUACAUUUACUCCGCUAUCAACUCAAAAGGAGUUUGCAUUGUAAUUGCAUAUUGCGUUAACUACAGUGACAGGUGAUUGACAUGCAUUGUUUACUCCUUUCUAUGUAUUGUAACUCUGCUGCAGUGACAGACAUUUAGCUUCAAUGACAGACAAAUAUAUGCUGUUCAUAGACCUAGACCAGGGAUCAUCAACUAGAUUCAGCCGCGGGACGAUUUUUUUUUCUUGAGCAGAUGGUCAGGGUACCGGAACAUAAUUACGAAUAAUUUGUAAACUGCAAAUUGACCGCAAGAAGCCCAAUCGGAUAUAAUAUUUAACUACCUCGCUUACAUUUUUAUACGAUCACAUACUGUAUAUCUCUCAAUCAUGCGUGGUUAUACUUUGGAACAGGCUUCCAAAACGAACAUCACUUUGAGCUGAUUUGCUGGUGUUUUUACAGUCUUUUAUGACCAACAAUAAAAUAAAACAAAAAAAUAUGAAACUUUUUUUUUGCUCAGAAAACUUUGGGGGCCAAAUAAAAUCACCGCCAGUUGGGGAAUCCUGGCCUAGGCUAUAUAAAGCCUUUCUUAAAAAAAAAAAAAAAGAAUACAAGGCAAACAUAUAUGUUGAGGUAGAACUUAUAUAUUGAAAUAUAUUGAAAUGAUUCACUGAAAAAAUCAAUUCAUUGGAAUUUAAUUCAAGAGUGGAUUCAAAUGGCCGGGCUCAUAACUGUGUGAUGUGACGUUUCGUCUCCGUCAUGUCUUACCAGCAGGCGCCGCUGAUUUACAGUAGGUCUGUCUGAUUGUCCAAAAUAGUCUCCAUGCUCAAGCAACUCAACUCGAUGCCGUUUUUUAGGCAAUGUGUUUUUUAUAUCAAGUGACAGAGGCCUAGCCUAUCUGAAUGCAAAAGGUCAAUCGUUAGUUCCAUCGAAUUUAAUAAAGUUAGAAACUGUCACGAGACGAAUUUAUGGGUAGGCCUAUGGCCUAGUGUAUUUGGAUGCCAUAGGCUUCCGUUACUGUUUUAAGUAGCAAAAAUCGGUCGAGUAAACGUGAAUAUUUCCAGUAAAAAAGUGCAUGCAAAUAUUUUAGUACAUGUGUAUGAAAGAGGUUAUAAUUUCAGUUUUUUGUCUUUCUACGCUGAGAAAUGGCAUGUCAUGUUUGGUCAUUCAGUGUUGUGUUUAGAAGGACCAACUAAAAGAUUGAUAGUGCUGACAUUUUUUCAUUAACAUCUAAAAACAAAUAUUUGCUUAAGACAUAUCUGUGUAGUUAGUAUAUGCAAGUUGUUAUCGAACUGUGAAUAAUUGUUAAUCAAAGUGUACAAAAUUAAAGCCUCAAAUAAAUCCUACACGCAUCAUCAUCAUCAUUUGUAGCCUACUUUAUGCAGUAAUAUCUCAUGAGGUUGUAAUUUUCAUAGUUGAGAUUAUUUGUCUUAUCUUUGACAGUUACAAGUAGAGAGAGAUACGAUUGUAAAGGCUACACGCGAAGAUGCCUGAAUCAGUGCAGUGACGCGGUGGCGCGCGCACACACACACACACACACACACACACACACACACACACACACACACACAAACACAUCACUUCAUUAUUUUGACACAAGGUCCACCUCACUUGCUUUUAAUCCGUGAUUGUUUAGAAGGCCUGAAAAUAGAGCUCAUCAAAAGGGCCCCAUACAUGAAUUGAUAGACCGUUACGGCACAUAGCUUAUUGCAGCAGCAGUGUGCUUCUUUCAUAUACAUACUUAAAUAUAAAUUAGGUACUUUCCAUGUAUGUUUGGCCUUGAAAAUAACACGGACAGGCCUAUAUGCAAAUGUUUAUUCAGCCCCGUUCAUAUCCGAGACAUACAUUGUGUGCGUGUGUAUAUAAGCGCACCCAGCUGUCGGGCAGUUCCAUUGCGCUGGAGCAUAUUUCAAACAUGUCUGAAUAAAGGGCCCAUUUUCUUCCAAACUUUCCAACGCAAAGCAACUCGCCGUUGCCUCAUGCGCUCCCCUGAGAUAAAUCCCAAAAAAAAAACACCUCUCCUGCAGUCAGAUUGAAUGCUCUUUGUGGGUGGGACUCCUCAUUUCGGGGAGGUUUUAACACAGAAGAUGGGUGGGUCACAUCCCUUGGUUCUGCUGUGAGCGCUUCCAUUCGGUCACACCGGGCAUAUCCCCGCCAGCGGAAACUGAAAGCAUAACGCACUGUCACUGCUGCGGAGAAAAGUGUGUUUGUUUUUCCGGAGAACAAAUUCGUGGAAAUCUGUUUUAAAAAGCUUUUUUUUGCAAUGGCAAUUGUUUUGCUACGGGUGGAAAUCUAAGCAUUCGUGUUGAAGAUUGAGAACGCUCGCAUAUACAGGAUUGAAUAUUUAUUUUUUAAUACGACAUCAUUCUUUUCAAGGUGGAAUGAAUUUGGACAGAAUUGCAGAGACGGUGAGACCGCCACCGACGCGCGACAUGCAGGCUUCUACGCUUCACGUGCCGAGAACUUCGAACAACACUCGAGAAACGUUAGAGAACUCAAGCAGCGAGUCAACCGAUACUGAAAUAGCAGGUACAUUUACGGUGUAAUAACAUUGUAUUAGGCCUACCUACUAUCAUUAUCGCUAGGUAUAAUUAAAACACGGCUUUUCCUGUUAAACAUUCUACUUAUGUGCGUACGUUUUUCGAUAAGAGAAACGUAGAUAUGUAGCAUGCAACGUGCCCAAUGCAUUGAGUAUUGGACUAAAAUACACAUAGUCAAUAGGCUAUGUGAGAGAGAAGUGGCCCAUUGUUAAAAAAAAGAAAACGUUUUUAUUUCUUAAAACUUGCAGGGAAAAGUUAAGGCCAUGAAGUGCAUUUUACCCAAUCUGAAUGAAUGGGAAUUCUGCAGCGUCAUAUUAUUGAUUUCAGUAUUAAUUUCCGUAGGCUAAAUGUCGUGUCUAAAACGCUUUGCUGAAGUGUAGGCCUAUUUCACCGCCAUGCUAUGAAAACAUUUUCGAGCAUAUUCUCAAAUAAAUAAUUUUGGUGUUCUAACAUCUAUAACAAGAAAUAGCGUACAGUUUGAUGAGUUUUCAAAUCGCAUACUUUCUGCAUAUUUAAACCAAGUAAAAAUCAUUGCUUGAAGAUAUAUUAUGUGCUGCUGCAGGAUGGUCAGUUCUUUUUUAUCCCACCUCUUCAUCAGUUGUAGGCUAUAUCAAUAUAUAGUCACACUAAAGAGAUCAUGAGACGUAGGCCUGAGGAGAAUAAGGCUAACCAAUACAGUCAGCUAUACAAUACGGCGAGUUUGUUUUAAAAACUGACCUUGCUUCUUAAAGUAUUGCCCUUCUUACAUCUAGCUAUUUUCUAGGUAUGAAACAAAGGCUAUCUUGUAAAAGAUACGCAUUGACAAGAUAAUGGACGUUGGAUAAGACUGGACAAACGUUGCAACAAAAGGAAUGUUGGUUUAUGCAGGUAGAGGCCGACAAAUGCUUAAUAGAGCUUCUAAAAUAAUCAAUAUUGAACCCGGAGCAAAUCCGUCAGUUUGACGACCACGAGCACGUGAUACUUAUUGUGGUCUUUGUAAAAGGCUUUUGAAACUGGUCAUUUGCUUUAGUGAUUUAUGUGACACUUCAAACACUGCUUGGAUCAUCCUGCCUGGUAUGGCCUGUUAUGCUUUUCUGCUGCAGAAGUAAACUAUUUUGUUUUUGUACAACAUUGUACAUGCGUUUUUGGCCUAUCUAGACUCAUGAGUUGAGUUGGACUGAGAUUGUACAGAACCCAUUUGGGGGAGGGGCACCCCUCUGUGUAAACAUCUAAGUAGUCUGGCUCAGUAUAAGCUACAGUACAAUAACCAGAAUUUAUAUUAUUUAUUUUUUUCGCAGAAAAAGAGAGGAUCGUAGAACACAGAAGUGACGAUGGAAACGCAGACGACCCCAAAAAGAAGAAAGCGAGGCGGCAGCGGACUCAUUUCACCAGCCAGCAGCUGCAAGAGCUCGAGGCCACCUUUCAGAGGAAUCGCUACCCGGACAUGAGCACGAGAGAGGAAAUAGCCGUGUGGACCAACCUCACCGAGGCCAGAGUCAGGGUAAGCCUCGAGACACGCUUUGGGCCGUGCGUAAAACGUGCGUAAAGUCUAUUCAGAGGGAAACCAUAAAGAUGUGAAUGAACGAAUUCUACAGUAAAAAAAAACCUUUCCGUUGAAACCUUUUCGGGGUUUAUUACUUGACUUCAAGCCUACAUUCGAAUAUCACUUGGAUGAUUUCGUUGCAAUAAUUACCAGUGAUUACUAACGUUAUGAGGUAGAACUGACACCAUAAUUCUCCUCCCCCAAGCAUUUAAAUGUUCCUCAUUGUAAUCCCCACUCAAACUAACUGGCUCUCCCCACCAAUUGCAUUUUCGAUAACAUCUUUCGGGGGUGACAAAUGAACACAAAUGUAUCCACUUUUGAUGACUUUGCAUCUACUAUGUUUUCAGUAUAGCCUGUAACCUGUACCGAUAGCCAAUACUGCGCCAAUCAAUUUAGAAUAUUUAUUUCGGUAACAGUUUACUUACUGUAACGUGUUACUCUAUAAACUUUUUUUUACAGUAAAACAAUUUUAGUGCAGUGCAAUGAGUAAUUACCAUACUUACUGUACAUACAUACACUGUUCUUGCGAGUAUAAUUGCACAGUAGGCCUAUUGGAAACCAUUUUUUUGCUAAAUUCAACCCAACCCCCCCCCCCCCUUAAACAAAUCGGGUGUUUUAAUCGCAAUGUAUAAUAAUAAUAAUAAUAUGGUCCCGAACCCACUACCUUGGCGUUACAAGCGCCGUGCUCUACCAGCUGAGCUACAGAGGACCACCUUAUCUUGUAGGCAAGAAACAGGAUAAACUUGAGUUUGUGUCCUAGGCUUACGAUUAGGCUUUUGUCCAUGUGUAAAUGUAUGAAUAUUUUCAAGCCUACAUAUCCUAACAACAAUGCACCCCGGUUAGCAACAAGUGUACAUUACUUCAAAACCCAAUAAGCGCCUAAAUAUACGGUGUUAAUUUCGUUUUUCGAUGGCUAGAAGAUAACAUUACUAUUAUCCAUAGCCUAUGUCUGUAUAAUAGUUUCAAACAUUUUGAAGAGGAUCACAAUUGCAGUAGAUUAUCAUGUUGUAUCGCUGACCUUAUUAGUCAACAGAACGGAAUUACUAAUACACUCAAUAGACGCACAACAUAAUAUAUUUUUUUUUAUUCAGUGGUCUUGCGAGGGGCGGUGCAAACACUUAUUGAUAAUACAACUAUUGAUAAUAACGAAUGUGAUAAUUCCACUAGUAGCCUUCUUAAAAUCUGGUUAAUUUCAGAUAUAGGCCCACAGCUAAAAUACAAUGACGAGUAGGCUUUUCUAAUUAUAUACCCACCGCUGUGCUCUAAGUUUAUGGUAUCACGUCGUUCAUGUCUUUGUGGACAAUUUAUCAUUAGCCUACAACCGUGAAGCCCCGAGCAUAGUCCCGGGAAGGAGGGACGCUGACGUGCUGCAGCACCCACAGAAAAAAACGAAUAGAAAAAAUAUAUAAAUUAUUUUUAAAGAUAUACUACACCUGAUGUUUCCAUAGUAAUUACGAAGUGUUUCUUGUUAGACAAACAUUAGAGCCGAUUUUGUCACUAUUGAUAUUCUAGGUUUUCCAUCAUUCAUAGGCUCAUUAGGCCUAGCUUUAUAUUUGACAUCGGAUUGUAUUGUGAAUGUGACAAAUAAUAAUACUAAGCUAACAUAUACAACUAUUAUUAUAAUAAUUACUUUAAAUUACAUUAUUGUUAUAGAUAUGUUGAAUCCAUAUUUAUAUUUUUCCUUUGAUAUUUAGGUAUGGUUCAAAAAUCGCAGGGCCAAAUGGAGGAAGCGUGAACGCAACCAGCAAAUGGACCUGUGCAAGAACAGCUACCUUCCGCAGUUUAGUGGCCUCAUGCAGCCCUACGAUGACAUGUAUCCCGCCUACACCUACAACAACUGGACGAACAAAGGACUGACCCCGGCCCCUCUGUCCACAAAGAACUUCACUUUUUUCAAUUCAAUGAGCCCACUCACAUCCCAGUCAAUGUUCUCGGCUCCUAACUCCAUCUCUUCUAUGACUAUGGCCGGAGGUAUGGGCCACUCCGCUGUACCGGGGAUGCCGACUGCUGGCCUGAACAACAUCAGCAAUCUUAACGGCAUCGGCACCUCUACAAUGAACUCAGCCAUGUCCUCCUCCGCCUGUCCGUAUGGACCUCCCGGUUCCCCUUACAGCGUAUACAGAGACACAUGUAACUCUAGCCUGGCGACUCUGAGACUGAAAUCGAAACAGCACCCAACCUUUGGAUACAGCGGGUUGCAAAGUCCCGGGUCGAGCCUUAACGCCUGUCAAUACAACAGUUGACGGAUCAGCCGCGAAGAAAAUAAUUUGCCGACAGCUGUAGGCCAAGUAGGCCUAGCAAGGCCUAGCAAGGCGAACGGGGCGAAAGACAACUAAACUGGAUUAGUUGCAAUCGUUUAUUUUUCAAAUGGAUUAUGCGGGUUGUAUGUGUUUACCAUUGAACUUGCACAACAAUUAAAAUGUUUGUCUUUUUGAUUUAAAAAGUGAUGAUGAAGACGUGUUACAUUGCAACAUUGAACAUAAGAAACAGACAAAGGAACUUCUGUGUAUUUUCGCUUUCUUGCUUUGAGGACUCAAACCAAUUUGAACGUGGCUUGUAUAGGCUUAGGCCUAUACACUCUUGGUCUUGGAUUAGAACAAAAAGUGCAACAAAACGGCGUAUCCAGACUCGGUAGAAAAAUAAUUAUAUUGUACAUAGCUUAUAUUGCUCAUGUGUGCUUUACCGUCUAUGCAGGGGGUGCCACGGGCCCGGUUAAAUGUGUCCAGUUUCUUUAGCGUGAGUUUAAUUUUAUAGCCUGCUUUGUCUGGAGUAUUUUCUCAUUUUUUAUGUGCUAAAAAUAGAAAUCCCGCAUGCUUUAACUUGAGUGCAACGUGUUUUGUACAAGUUGAUAAUUAUGUAAGAUCAAGCAAAGUCCAUUAUACUGUAUACAAAAGGUGAUUGAAAAGUAACUUCAUGUGUUUAUGAUCUGUUUGAAUACAAUAAAGCAGAUAGUAGUUUAUUUCAGGUAUUUAUUUAAUAAAGG